GAACAGUUCAAAUUAUGAGUACUGGGUUUAGCUGUUAGUUUUAACAAUAAGUGUAUAUAAUGAAGAAACAUUUUGAAAAACUUAAAUAUUUUGAUGCUUAUUAUAAACCUGUUGAUGAUUUGCAAGAGAGAACUUUUAUUGGUGGCACAGUUUCAAUUUUGUGUUGGUUGACAAUUAUGUUUCUGUCAACUGUCAGGUGUUAUGAAUUCUUUACCAAUUCGGAAACAGAUGAGUCCAUAUAUGUUGAUACUUCAAGAAGUUCAAAGCUAUGGAUAAAUUUAGAUUUUAUCAUACCUAGGAUAUCUUGUGACUAUGUUGCGCUUGAUGCAAUGGAUAGUUCCGGAGAACAGCAUUUGCACUUAGAACACAAUAUUUUUAAGAGAAGAUUAGAUUUGAAUGGUACUCCAAUAGCUGAACCACAAAGUGAAAAAAUAGGUAUGAAAACUUUUACAAUAGAGGAAACCAAUAAUACUGAAUCAACUACAGCAAAACCCGUUUGUGGGAGUUGUUAUGGAGCUGAAGAUCCAAUCCUAAAUAUCACGUGCUGUAAUACAUGUGAAGAAGUAAAAGAAGCAUAUAGAAUAAGAAGGUGGCAGAUACAUGAAACUCAUAUUGAGCAAUGCAAAUCUUCUGCAACAUCACAGCAGAUAGAAAAAGCAUUUAAAGAAGGGUGUCAGAUUUAUGGCUAUAUGGAAGUUAACAGGGUUGCAGGUAGUUUUCACAUAGCUCCUGGUCAGAGUUUUUCGAUCAAUUAUGUCCAUGUACAUGAUGUCCAGCCAUUUUCAUCUGGUCAGUUUAAUACUAGUCACAUUAUUCGACAUCUGUCCUUCUCAAGAACAAAAGUUAUUGGGCAUUUAAACAACCCAUUGGAUGGUUCAGAAUCAUAUGCAACUGAAGGUGGAACAAUGUUUCAUUAUUAUUUAAAAAUUGUUCCAACACUUUAUGUAUUAAAGCAUGGAGAAACAUUGGAAACGAAUCAGUUUUCAGUAACGAAAUAUGAAAAGGUGAUGACACCUAUGAGCGCAGAAUCAGGAAUGCCUGGUAUAUUUUUCAGCUAUGAAUUGUCAGCAUUGAUGGUCAAAGUUACCGAUAAAGAUGUGCCUAUUUCACAUUUGGUAACAGACUUAUGCAGUAUCGUUGGUGGAGUCUGGAUCGUUGCAAUGUUCAUCGAUUCGAUAUGUUAUAGAUCUGCAAAACUUUUAGAAAAAAUUGAUCUAGGAAAAGCUAGCUGAUUCCGUCACACAUUUAAGAGACUGAUUUAUAUGUAUACAUCACACUGUGUUAAUUUUUAAGGUUUUAUUAGUUCCUGCGAUCUCCUGUUGUAACUGAUAUGAUAUGGUUUAUAGCUGUUUCAAAAGUUUGUUUUCGGUGAUAGGUAUAAAAUAUGGUAUUUUUUUAUAUAAUUGCACAGAAAUAGUUAUAAUGAAAUAUUUAUUUAAAAGUUUUUUUUUCAUAAGCAAAAAAUAUUUAUAAUCAUCUUUAUGCAAUUAAUAUUUUUCUAUGUGGUACUGUUAUGAUUCACAUUAAUGAUUGCACAAAUAUUAUUUUAUUAUUUUUUUUUUUUUGUAUUUAUCUUUAACUUGAAAACUUGCAUUAUUUUUACAAUAAGGAGCCAGGGUUACUAUGACAGUUCUAUUUAGUUUACAGAUCUGUAAUAUAUUGUUAUAAAAAUUGUUUUUGAGGUAAUAUCGAGCUAUAUUUCAAUUGACCUGAAGAAAACGGCAAUAAUUAAUU